CCUCUCUCAUUCGUGUGCUUUCUUUCUUUCUUACUUUAUUUCUUUCUCUUACUCUCGGUGUGUUAGUGCAUGGAAAUGGCUGGUAUUUCGAGUAAUCAGCGUCUGGGUGACCACACUGCUUCUCUCGCUGAUCGUUACACUGGACCUGGAGAUGUGGAGUGUGAUUACUGCAACGGGAGAAAACGCAAAGCGGUUAAGUCCUGCCUGGUGUGUCAGACCUCCUAUUGUAAAGAUCAUCUUAAACCUCACUAUCAGUCUCCUAAAUUGAAGAAGCACAAAUAAAUGAAAGCCUGUGAGCUCCAAGAGAAGAUCUGUCCUAAGCAUGACAAACUGAUCGAGAUCUACUGUCGUACUGACCGAAGCUUCAUUUGUCCUAUAUGUGCGAUAGAAGAACAUAAAGGCCAUAAUACAGUUGUAGCUGAAGGAGAAAGAAGUAAAAAACAGCCUGAGCUAGAGGAAAUGCAAUUGCAAUUCCAGCAGAGGAUACAAACGAAGAUUGAAAGGAUGCAGAAGCUGAAACAGUCUGUUGACUCAAUUAAAAUGCGUGCACAGGCAGCAGUAGAUGACAAUGAGAGGAUCUUUACUGAGCUGAUCAGCUCUAUGGAGAAAAAGCGCUCGGAGGUGACGGAGAAGAUCAGAGCUCAGGAGAAAGCUGAACUGAGUCGAGCUGAACGACUCCUGGAGCAACUGGAGCAGGAGAUUGCUGAUCUUCAGAGAAGACUCACUGAGAUAAAGAAGCUUUCACAAACAGAAGAUCAUGUCCACUUCCUCCAGAGUUUCCCGUCUCUCUGUGUUUCUCCUGGAUGUGAGGACUCACCCAGCUUCACUGUCAAUCAACAUCUCACAUUUGAUGGAGUGCAAAAAUCUCUCUCAGAUCUGAAAAAACGAAUUGAAGAAAUCUUUGAGGAGGAAUUCAACAAAAUUAAUCCACGUGCUGCAGUUCAGACGGGUGUACUCUCAAAACCAAAAAGAGAAGAUUUUCUGCAGUAUUUUCGUUAUCUGACUCUGGAUCCCAACACAGCACAUGACCAGCUCAUUCUGUCUGAGAGGAGCAGAGCAGUGACACGGGUUAAGGAAGCACAACAAUACUGUCAGCAUCCAGAGAGGUUUGACUCCUCGCUUCAGGUGUUGUGUCGAGAGAGUGUGUGUGGACGCUGUUACUGGGAGGUAGAGUAUAAGGGUAUGGGUGUGGACGUAUCAGUCUCAUAUAAAAAUAUCAGCAGGAAAGGAGAGGGUGACGAGUGUGUGUUUGGACGCAACAGUCAUUCCUGGAAUCUGCAGUGUUAUCUUAAGUCUCUAUCUUUCUGGCAUGACAACACUGAAAUAAAACUCACUGUUUCACAAGGAUCACUGUUCAGUAUAGGAGUGUAUGUGGAUCACAGUGCAGGAACUCUGUCCUUCUACAGCGUCUCUGACACGAUGAGUCUCCUCCACAGUGUCCACACCACAUUCACUCAGCCUCUGUACGCUGGGUUCAGGAUACGUUAUUUUUACUCAAAUAUAAGUUUAUGUGAUCCAAAAUUAAAUGUCGAAGAUAGUGACGAUUCAUCUUCCAUGUAAAUGAAGAAGACUUAAACCUAGAUUUAACCUGUUAAAUGUCACUUCUUUUUAAUUUAAAAAAAAAAAGAAAUGGUAUAACCAGUAAGUAAAAAGAGCACAGUUCCCACAUUCUUUGCACUAUUUAUCAUCAUGGUCUCAUUUAAAAUAAUAAUUGUAUGAAUUACUGACACAGAGUAACAGAAGCUAGAAUGAAGUAUUUUAUAUCUGUCUCACUCAUACACCUCUAAACUGAUCAUAUAAAAAUAUAUAUACAAUAGAUUUUUUUCUUUUACUGUACAUAAAGUCAGGUUUGGUCAGAUUUAUUGGUCAUAACUCAUUUAUUUCUUAUGUUUAAGCUUUUAUUUUAAGGUCACUGGCAGUCGAAAAAUUUCACUGCAUAUCGUACUGUGUAUGACUGUGUACGUGACAAAUAAAAAUUUUAAUUUAUAUUUUGUUUCUUGCCUCGGGGUCUGUGUGCAUGGAGUUUGCAUGUUCUGCCCCUGCUUGGGGAGUCCAAAGACAUGCAGACUAGACUAACUGGCGUUCCCAAGCUACAUGUAGUGAGUGAAUGAACGUGUGAGAUUGUGUGUCUGUGAUAGAUUGGCACCCUGUCUCAGCUCAAAGGCGCCAUGCCCCCAGCAACCCUGUACAGGAUAAGCGGUAUUAAAAAUGAAUGAAUGAAAAUAAAAAUAGUAUUUUUUAUAGCAUCAAUUGGAGACCUCAAAAGUAAAAUUUGUAUACCAAUACUGUACAACAUGUUGAAAAAACCUUCUUACUUUAAAACCCCUUCAGAUAUAGUAAUAAUCUUGGUCUUGAAUGAAAGGUAAUGCUUUGCAAUUUCUUUUUCAUUAUUUAGAUGAAAUGUCAAGUCAUUUUUUUGCUAUUCCACCUAAAAAAGAUCCAUAAAACAAAACUCAAACAAAACACACACUGAUUUUUACCUCUAAAACAAUAGGGGGUUUGCUGUGGUGUCAUGUAUCCAUCAAAAUCUUCUCAUUAUUGCCUUAAAGGAUAGCCGUGUUAUGCUUAAUCCACUGAUCGAACAUCACUGAUCACGACAUGCGUAAAAUAACGUUCUGGGUCUCACUUCUUUACUUUAACGCAGAAGUAAAUGUGGUUUUGUAGUUUCUGUUGUGAUUCUGUCAAAACGUAUGUAUGCACAAUUAUUAGGCAAGUAAGUAUUUUGACCAAAUCAUAAUUUUUAUGCAUAUUUUCUAACUCCAAUCUGUGUAAACUCGAAUGCUUAUUAAAUUUAAACAUAUCAGAUG